AUGGGAAACGCUUUCCAUGGGUGAAACAGAGCAGAGGGAGCAGCCCAGACAAAGCAAGCGAGAAACUUUCACGCUGAUAAUCGCCAGUCCUGUCUCACCAGGCAUGGAUUUACAGAAGACAGCGGCGGUGCAGUAGAUUCAACACCUUUCUGAGGGGAUGAAAGCGACAUUGGAGUGAAUUUAAAGUCCUGCUGCUACUGAAUGGACGAGUUUAUUUUGGUUCUGCGGGUGGAUGAUGAAGCUUUGCAAUGCAACAGGAGUCGUAUCUGACCGCUGGUGACCCCUCCGCCAGCUGCUAUAGUGUGGAUUUCUACCUCAACACAGAGGACGCAGAGUAAAGCAGACAGCAUGGUACCCAACAAGUGGAUUAUGCAUCCAGUUCUUCACAAAUCGCCUCCCAGAAGCUGGCUUGGCAUCCGACUACGUCUCAAUGAGAAGCCGGCUCAGGAUGAGGAGUGUGUGGUUUGCCAGCAUCCAGACUGCAGCGAGCGCCGUCACGCCUCAAAGGUUUGUCAUCAUCCCGACUGUCAGGAACUGAACGGUAAAAGCCCCCUGCACCUGUGCGAGUCAUGUGAUUCUCGCAGUCACCUGGAUGAGUCUGACAGCAUGCACUUUGACCGGCAUCUCCGCUUCGACGUACAGCCACAAGGUUCUAUCCUGGCGCGGAAUGUGUCCACUCGUUCCUGUCCCCCUCGCACAAGCCCCCCUUCAGACCUGGAUGAAGACGAAGAAGGAAGCUCUGAACGAGGAGAACGUAAGACAGGAGGAAUGAAGUUGAAAAGCAGAGAAGGAAAAAAGCCUCGGCGACGCCACACUGAUGACCCCAGGAAGGAGUGCUUCAGCCUCAAGUUUGACCUCAACAUAGACAUUGACACAGAGAUCGUCCCCGCUGUCAAAAAGAAGACAUUACAAGAGGUGCUCGGACCCAUUUUUGAGCGCAAGGGCAUUGAAUUAUCCCGAGUGGAUCUGUUCCUGGACCAGUCCAACACUCCACUCUCGCUCCACUUUGAGGCGUAUCGUUUCGGAGGACAUUACCUCAAAGUGAAAGCUCGGCCCGGCGAUGAGCUGAAGGUGGAGCAGAGCGUGAAGGAUCUGCGCUCUCUCAGUCUACCCAACAUGAAGCCGUCAGGAGGGGGCACCGUCUACAUCCUCACACCGGGCAGUGAGAGGGCCGAACACGGGUCCCUGCCACGGCGGGAGAACGUUGACAUACUGGGUCAGGCCCGUCGGCGGAAGAACAUGACGGAGUUUCUGGGCGAUGCCAACAUCCCGUCCCCGGACACUCUGGCCAUGCUAGGCGGGUCUUUACCAAGCGUGCCUCCAGGAGGUUCGCUGUCCGGUGUGGCCGCCGGACCGGACAACUGGAAGAACCGCGCCACCAGUCGGAUCAGCGUGUUCUUCGGCGCCGGAUCUGGAAAGGAGGUGGACCGCGUGGAACUGCUUCAUACUAAGCUGCAGGCGUACACACAGUUCGGUCUGCCCAAGGUUCCUCCUCAGCUCGCCUUCCACCAGGAUUCCUGGGAGGAGGAAGAGGAGGAGCCGAACCUGACGCUCGAGGACAGCUGGAGGCAACUGCUGGAGGACCCCGAGAGUCUAAGUCGACGUCAGUUUCAACAGCAAGAGGCGAUAUGGGAACUGAUCCAAACCGAGGCUACAUACAUCAAGAAACUCGGGGUCAUCACUGAUCUGUUCCUGAGUGGCCUGCUGAAUCUUCAGGACAACGGUCUCCUGUUCGAGGUGGAGCCCGCGCGGCUCUUCAGCAGCAUCCACGACAUUGUACGUCUGCACUCCACGCUGUGGGUUCAAGUCAUGUUUCCGGUGCUGGAGAAAGCGCGAAGCACACGGAGCUUGAUCGACCCUGCGGACCUGGAGCAGGGGUUCAGUACGUUUGCAUCCAGGUUCCAGCCGUAUAUGCAGUACUGUAUGGAGGAGGAGAGCUGUAUGGAAUACAUGCGUUCACUGCUGAGAGACAACGAACUCUUCAAGAUCUACAUCACGUGGGCAGAAACGAAUAAACAGUGUAACCGUCUGAAGCUAGCGGACAUGCUAGCCAAACCGCACCAGAGACUAACCAAGUACCCACUGCUCCUGAAGACCAUCCUGAAGAAAACUGACGACCAAACCUCCAAAGAAGCACUCAACAACAUGGUGGCUUGUGUGGAGAGCUUCAUUAACAGUAUAGACUCUCAGAUGCGUCAGAAACAGGAGCAGCAGAAACUAGCCGCCAUUUCGGCUCGAGUGGAGUCGUACGAGGCUGUGGAGGGAGCUAGUGAGGAGGUGGAGAGGGCUCUAAAGGAGUUCAACCGAAUUGACCUGACAGCACCGAUGAUUGACACUUCACCAGAAGCGACCAGGCAACUGCACCUGGAGGGGGCGCUCCGCAUGAAAGAGGGCAAAGACAGCAGGAUGGAUGUUUACUGCUUCCUUUUCACUGAUCUGCUGCUGAUCACUAAACCAGUGAAGCGUUUAGAGAAGGUGAAAGUGAUCCGACAGCCUCUCCUCCUGCAUAAUGUGGUGUGCAGAGAGCUCAAAGACACAGGCUCAUUUGUCCUCAUCUACCUCAAUGAGUUCAAGAGCGCUGUGGCUGCCUACUCUUUCCAGGCCAACAGCGCCACCCAGGGGCGAAGUUGGACUGAUGCAAUUUGCAAUGUCCAGAAUCAACUGCAGCGGUUGCGGUCAGAGGAAGCUCGCAGACAGAAGGCUUGUCUGAAGAAAAGACUACAGGAAGAUCACGAGGAAGAUGAGGACAGCUGUAACUCCACAGCUAGUUCACCUCAAUUUAGACACAAAGAUCAGAGCAACAGCCAAUCAGAUGGCUCCACAGAAACCCUGUCAGUGAUGGAUAUGGAUGAGUCUGGAUCAUCUUUGGAUCCUUCUACUGUUCAGUCUGACCUAGGUGGGCAUUCGGACCAGGAUGCCAGUCUGUCCCAACACCUUGACUCUGGCGUCCCACAGCGGGACUUUGAGCCCCAUCCGGACAGUCAGGAGGGCUCAGACCUGGACCCACAGUGCCGUUCCAUGUCCAUGGACAGCGCUUAUGGGACCCUCUCACCAGAGUCCAUGGUGGAAACCCAGAGUCGAGUGGCCCCGGUAGAGGAAGACGACUCCGAGGACGACAAGGAGACGACGGGUGACGAGGGAGAAGAUGAAGAGCAAGAAAAUGCAGAAGAGGAAGACGAUGAGGAAGACAAAAACUCAUUCGGAUCUCAGAACUCAGUGGCACUUUCUCUAAAGCCCAGGCGCCGGCCGCCCGUCCAGUGUCGCCUGCCGUUUUUAGAGAGACUCACCAUCAAAUCCCUCUCCGAGGACAACCUGCUGUCCACAGUUCACCAUGAUAACAGUAAUCACGGUGUGGUCAGGGCAGCCACGGAGCGCACAGGAAGUCGGCACACAUGGGAACAACGGGUUAAAUAUUUAGAAGCGCCGCUCAGCAGAAGCCUGACGGAGCUCAACCCUGCAGAAUCGGACGAGGGUCUCCCGACCGAUGCAGAGACGGACGAAAGCCACAGUCUCACAUGCAGCUUGCCCUCGGGCAUGCUUUUGGAAACAUUGAGACGAGCCAAAAUUGCACAUGAGGCUGGUAGCAACCAGAUUCCCUGCAGUGCGUCAGAUGGGGAGAUCUCGCCCCCUAGUGACCUGGAGGGAAUGGGCCGCUGUAAGAGACCCCAGCAGCACAAAAAACUCACACUGGCCCAACUCUACAGGAUACGCACCACACUGGUGCUCAACUCAACACUCACAGCCUCAGAAGUGUAGCAUCUUCCUGGCACAGACGUUUUGGGGACAGCGUUGAGGGAAUGAAUUCUGCGGGACACAAAUGCACUCUACCCAGUGAGCUCUCCGGCUGCCCUCUCGCUCCCUCUCCCGGUCAGAUGGAUUCCUCAGCGUGUAGCUUUCCUGUCGUUUCUCUGCGGGAGGGACGUCCACAGACUCAUUAACUCCUUGCACUUUGUAAAACACAACUAACUUCUUAAGAGGUCACAGCUUUCGGUGAGACAGCGCUAUUAUCAGAACGAUAACCUAAUAUACAAAAUGAUCAAAGAAAAAGUGUGACCGAAGCCCUUACCGUGGGACGUCUGAGGUUUCAACGGGUCACAUGACGUGGAGAAGAAGUGGAAAUGAGAAUAAAACACCACAUCUUGGAUACCAUAAUCACCCUGUUUGCUUUCUAAGAGUAUUUCUGUUCUGACAAAGAGGACUCAAGUUAUUCAUGUUAACUGCACUACUGUAUGUGUGUGUGUGUGUGUGUGUGUGUGUGUGUGUGUGCAAAUUCACACACAUUUGUGUAUGACUGAGUGAGUUAUAGAUCUCAACCUAAAUCACUGUUUGACUUCAGAUAACUUGAGUAGCCACUAUGGCACAUUACGCAUUACUUUAGGACCAGUGUUAUGUUCAUAUGACAGGAAUAUUUCUGUCAUGCAACUGCUUAUACGAUUAAAUCUUUGGGUUGACGCGGCUUAUAUAAGUUAUACAUGAGCACAUCGAACCCCUUACUGUAUAUUGUGUUGUGUGAGAAGUUGGAUUCAUAAAUGCAUAAAUAGUAUCUGAAAUGCUUCAGCAGAUGUGGUAUUAAAGGCAAACAGACUGAAAAAAAAAUCUGUAUUUUGGUUUAUGACGUUUAAGGAUUCAGGAAUCGUCGCCUGACACUAGAUGAGCACUUAUUAGAGGUCAUCUGACACUGAAUAGGGUGUUUGGUUUAAGUGGAAGCUCAUGUUAGUUUUCAAACAUUAACCUAUGUAUUGAUGAUUUAUUGUUUUUUUGUAGUCUUAUGAUUUUGCCGAUACUGCUGUUACCCGAAAGGUUGAACUGAAACUGCCUGGUGCUUUACUAAACCAAGUCCUUCUGAGCUCCCUUUUUGAAAAAAAGAAACAAAAAAACACCCUGCCCAAAGUAAAUAUGGUGUAUUAUACGUUUACUUAUUAGGCUUUUUGUGUUUGUCGUAUUUAUUGAGCUUGCAUUGUUUUAUAUAUAUAAAAUAUGGUCUAUAAUAGUAUCAUUUCACUUUACGGUUCUAUUUUUUGUUUCGUUUUGUUGUCUUAAUUUGUUCAUUGUCAUUUGUUGAAUUAAUUCUGAAAUCUGCUAAGAACCAAAAUAACCUUGUUUUCCCAUGUGAGGGAGUGUUCCUUAAAUGUCUUUCAAAAUAAAAGACAUCUUUCAGUAA